CCCAGGCGGAGCGGCCCCCCCAGGCGGAGAGGCCCCCCAGGCGGAGCUCCCACUGGAGCGGGGGAGGGGCUGGCUCGGAGGGCUGCGCCUCGGGAGCCGCUGCUGCCGCAGGAAGGUCAGGGCCCCGCGGGGACCGCUUUGCCGGGCUUGAAGCGGCAUUUAAGGCUGCGCUUUUCCUAGAGCUAAUCGGGCCGAGGAAUCCCUUUCUGGAAAAGAGCGGCAAUAUUACCGCCCGCCCGGGAGACGGGAGUCAGGGGCUACUAACUCUCGGGAAUUUUAUGGCCCCUGCGUCCAAGACGAGGGGCCGGGCGGGGGCGUCGAGAAGUGCGGAAGGAAGCGACAGAGAGACGGGUGCCUCAGGCGGCAAGGUUAGGGGUCGGCGGGAAGCCAGGCCGUGGGGCACAAACCACGCCCCGAAGCGGGGGAAUCUCCGUCCUCUUCCGCCUCCUUUUGGUCUCUGCCGCGGGGUGACGUCACCUCCCUCGGACCCGGCCGGGAUUGGUUCGGCGAGAGGGGCGCCGGCAUCGAACGCGACCGGACGUGGAGCGACGCAGGACCGGGAAGCGGAGGUCUCGCGAGAACUGCGGGCCCUGGGUGUGGGAUGGACGCGGAGCCGGGAGGCCCUGGUCCGCUGCUCCCCGGGCCUUCCUGCCGGCCCGAGACAUGGCCCGGGGCCCCGGCCCGCUAGGCCGCGGCUGUCCCCGCCCCGAGCCCGCCGCCAUGCCCAAGAGAGGGAAACGACUCAAGUUCCGGGCCCACGACGCCUGCUCCGGCCGAGUGACCGUGGCGGAUUACGCCAACUCGGAUCCGGCGGUCGUCAAGUCCGGACGGGUCAAAAAGGCUGUGGCCAACGCUGUUCAGCAGGAAGAGAUUUUAGUUUCAUGUUCUUCUCCUGUCUUCUAGUGAAAUCUUUAUGUGGCUUGGAAGCCUCGCAGGUCCCCACAGAAGAAGUUUUCUCUGGGGCUGGGGAGCCCUGUGACAGCAGUGAUGAGAUGGAUGCCCAAGAAGAGAGCAUCCGUGAGCAGACUGUCUCCAGAAAAAAGAAAAGCAAGAGACACAAAGAAGACCCUGAGGGGGCUGUUGGAGAAGAGUAUCCCAUGGAUAUUUGGCUUUUGUUGGCCUCGUACAUUCGUCCUGAGGACAUAGUGAAAUUUUCCCUGAUUUGUAAGGACGCCUGGACCGUCACUUGCACUGCCGCCUUUUGGACCAGAUUGUAUCGAAGGCACUACACGCUGGACGCCUACCUGCCCCUCCGCCUGCGGCCGGAGUCUAUGGAGAAGCUGCGCUGUCUCCGGGCAUGUGUGAUCCGGUCUCUGUACCACAUGUAUGAGCCGUUUGCUGCUCGAAUCUCCAAGAAUCCGGCCAUUCCAGAGACCACUCCCAGCACUUUAAAGAAUUCCAAAUGUCUGCUUUUCUGGUACAGAAAGAUUGUUGGGAACAGACAAGAGCCAAUGUGGGAAUUUAACUUCAAAUUCAAAAAACAGUCCCCCAGGUUAAAGAGUAAGUGUGUGGGAGGGCUACAGCCUCCUGUUCAAUAUGAAGAUGUUCACACCAACCCAGACCAGGACUGCUGCCUCCUACAAGUCACCACUCUCAAUUUCAUCUUCAUCCCCAUUGUCAUGGGCAUGAUUUUUACCCUGUUUACCAUCAAUGUGAGUACGGACAUGAGGCAUCAUCGGGUGAGGCUAGUGUUCCAGGAUACUCCUGUCCAGAAUGGUCGGAAACUACGCAGUGAACAGGGUGUACAAGUCAUUUUGGACCCCGUGCACAGUGUUCGUCUCUUUGACUGGUGGCAUCCUCAAUAUCCCUUUUCCUUGAGAGCUUAGUCUCUGCCUCCUGUUUUUGGGGGCAGCCCUGAGCCAGUUGGAUAAUCCGUUAGUCAUCAGAAUACAACUAGGAAGGGGGCAGCUGGAUUGCCUUUCCUAUUAGUAACUCAGAUGCUGCUCAAUUUCUGGGGGCUCUCACCUGGGGCAACAGAAGAAUCAAGGGGGGAAACAAUGAUUUGUAAACCUAUUUUAAUGUAAAUUCUGCAUUUGAAAGGAGAAACUUGGCCCUGUUCUUUGCUUUAAAAAGCCCUUUUUGGUGCUAUUGA